AUGAUGGCAACGUCCCAAGACGACGCCGAGGGCCAGGCCAAGGGCGGAAGCAGCAUCUCCGGCGGCGGCGGCGGCAGCGGCAGAAUACCGUACUGGCGCCUGGUGGUUGAUCAGGCCGGCAUCACGCCCGAGGUGGCCAGGUUCCCCUAUCCCGGGUCCGGCACGGCCGAGGACCCGUACCUGGUGCAGUGGAUCCCCGACGACCCCCGGAACCCGAUGCAGUUCAGCAGCGCGACCAAGUGGUUCAUCACCAUGACGGUUGCCAUCGCCACGCUGGCCGUGACCCUCGUCUCGUCGGCCUACACGGGCGGCAUCGUUCAGAUCAUGCACGACUUCUCCAUCGGCCAGGAGGUGGCCACGCUGGGCGUCUCCCUCUUCGUCCUCGGCUUCGCCGUCGGGCCGUUGCUGUGGGCACCCCUGAGCGAGCUGUUCGGCCGCCAGGUCCUCUUCAUCGCCACCUAUGCCGCCCUCACAGCCUUCAACGCCGGCUGCGCGGGCGCCCGGAAUGCCUGGACCCUCAUGAUCCUGCGCUUCUUGGCUGGCGCCUUUGGCUCCUCGCCCCUGACCAACGCCGGCGGCACCAUCGCCGACAUGUUCCCGGCCUCGCAGCGAGGGCUUGCCCUGGCCAUCUUCGCCGCCGCCCCCUUUCUCGGCCCCGUCCUGGGCCCCGUCAUCGGCGGCUUCCUCGGCAUCACGGCCGGCUGGCGCUGGGUCAUGGGCUUCCUCGCCGCCUUCUCCGGCGCCCUCUGGAUCACGGGUUGCCUCUGCCUGCCGGAGACGUACUCGCCCGUCCUGCUCCGCAAGCGCGCCGCCGCCCUCUCCCGCGCCUCGGGCCGCUGCUACGUGAGCGCCGCCGACCACGCCCAGGGCAAGAUUUCGCUGGGCGAGUCCAUCAGGACGGCGCUGCUGCGGCCCUGGAUCCUGCUCUUCCGCGAGCCCAUUGUCCUGCUCCUGUCCAUCUUCAUGGCCAUCAUCUACGGCACCCUCUACAUGCUCUUUGCCGCCUUCCCCAUCGUCUACGUCAAGGGCCGCGGCUGGAACCAGGGCGUCGGCGGCCUCGCGUUCCUCGGCAUCAUGGUCGGCAUGCUGUUUGCCAUUGCCUACACCAUCCCGGCCAACAAGCGCUACGUCCGCAUCGAGCGCGAGCACGACGGGUUUGCGCCUCCCGAGGCCCGGCUCCCGGCCGCCAUGAUCGGCGCCGUGGCGCUCCCCAUCGGCCUCUUCUGGUUUGCGUGGACCAACGACGCCUCGAUCCACUGGAUGGUCAGCAUAGCGGCCGGCGUCCCCUUUGGCUUCGGCAUGGUGCUCGUCUUCCUCAGCAUCAUGAACUAUCUCAUCGACGCCUACACCAUCUUUGCCGCCUCCGUCCUCGCCGCAAACUCGGUCCUGCGCUCCUUGUUCGGCGCAGCCUUCCCCCUCUUCACUAGCUACAUGUACGAAGGCCUGGGCAUCCACUGGGCGUCGUCGAUCCCGGCUUUUCUGGCUCUCGCGUGCGUGCCGUUCCCCUUUCUCUUUUACCAUUACGGGCCGGCCAUCCGCGCGCGAUGCAAGUUCGCUGCCGAAUCGGCCGCCUUUAUGAGGAGGCUUCGAGAGGGCGCAGCCCAGUCGGAAGAGAAAGUGGUGGACGAAAAGGCGUCGAGCGAGAAGGACGAGGUGUCGAGCGGCGAUGGUGAAGCCACGGAGAGCGAGGAGCUGCCGUUUGAGCCGGUCACGGGGACUCUCUCCCGUCCGUCCAUCCGUACUAUGGGAUCCAGGACAUACGAGGGUAACCCGUACGACAUUGACCGGGUGAACAGUCGGCGUUCAUUUGUCGCAUGA